UAUGACCUAAAGAAAACCAGAUAAAGAGAGGCGGAAUCGCCUUUCUGAUGUGCAUUUAGACUGGCGUUACUGGUUUUACUCUCACUUCAUUUAAUAAUGGAUGAUUUGAUUUUAAGCGUCAGUGCAAAUCGAUUAUUACAUGCGAGUCUACUGAUAGCCUAUAGAUGAUGUAGUAGUAUGAGAUAGGGUAAUUGAUAGGCGGUUGUAUAAUCACAUUGUAAGUUCUUUGUUCUUUUUUUGUGUGUGUUUGCACUAAUUGAUUGAGCCCAUGGUUUUUGCGUUGAUGAGAAAUGACCUAUGGUAGUAUGUUGCGUUAUAUACUGUUAUUAUUAUUGUACCAGGAGCAAUAAUAAACGCUGUUGUAGUACUAGUGCUCGUCUUUAAAAGGCUGCUGUUAUGUAUUUUUUGGCAUCAACAUUUCCAGGCAGGGAAGUGUGUUAUUUGGUCAGCAGCACUGUGGUGGUUAAAUGGUACUGCAGCAUGCUUGGUAGUUCAAUAAUUCAGAUUCAGUGGCUUUUGCCUCACAGCCACACAUUUUACAUCAAAGGAAGGCAGCGCCACCCAGUGGUGAUGAGUUGUAUUGUGCCUCACAUUUAAACACGACCUGCAACAACUUAUUUAACUAGGCAGCCUUUCAGUGCAUAUCGUAGUGUAUAUAGUCUUUGAAACAAUUUAUUUCAUUUAAUUUUAUCUCAUUUAUUUAUUUAUUAAUAUGUUUCCUUACUUGCAACAUGUACAUUUACCCUCUGCAACUAAUAAUUAGAAAUUAGGAGUCAUUAAGGUUUUCAGUUAAGUAUUGUGGCAUAAUUAAUGCAUUUAGUUUACAAGUAAACAGCUUCUGACCCGUAGUGUUUGUGAACACUCUUUGAUAUCUGUCCGCACACUCAACGAGUUUUACCUACAGUGGUUCCCAACCUGGGGGUCGGGACCCCCACUAGGGGUCGCCAGAGCUUCAAAGGGGGUUGUGAGGCCUUCUUGAUUUAAAGGGGUGUAAGAAAAAUAAAUAUAUAUAUACAGUAGGCCUAUAUCUGAGCUUUUUUUUUAAAAAAAUUCUGCGAAGAAAACUAAAUGAAAUAGUUAUUUUUAAAGUUUAUUAUUUAAGAUCUAAACUUGAAGACAUGAACACAACCUAGUCUUUACUCUGCUAAACAGCAUCGUCUUAAAACAACCAAUUCAAUAGAACAAUGAAAAGAAAACACUGAACUUGUUAAGAAUAUAAUAAUAAUAUAAUAUUCACAGGAAAUAAUCAAAAUUCAUCCAAAUUGCUUGUUUAACACAAACUUCCUGCAGUUAUUGUGUUCACUGUUUAGGUUAAUUGUACAGUUUAUCAGUUGUUCUGUUAUUGUUAUGCAUUGAAUAUGAAACAUCUAUAAAAUAUGUCUCUUCGUCAGGGGUCAUCAGUUUUCUCAAUGGUCCCUUAAGGAAGAAGGUUGGGAAUCACUGGUCUGUAAGAUGACCAACAAGGGAGAACUACAGUUCCCAGCAGGCACUGCUCCUUCUUCUACCGCAAACAAAGAGCCGCAGACACGCAGUCAACUCGAGGGCUUUUAUACACGGGAUAAAUAUAUUAUUAUCAUCAAUAAAACAUCGCACUUUUUAUUUUAUUUUUUUUUAGCAAAGAUAACGUUAGAGACAAUUAUAACCACAAAAAAAAUUAAAGCCGUCCGAGUCCUCGCGUGAUUUCACGCUUCCGGAAGUUAAGAGUGGCACGAGAAAGAGAGCUGUCCGAGGUGCUGACACUACUGCUUGUCCUGCUUCAGACUACCUACCUGUCUGUUUCACAUGUGUAUGUCUGACUUUCACCAGCGAUAUAUUAUCUGAGAAUUUGGGAAGAUGGAUGAAUCUCAAGAGUUGUCCUCCUGUAGCACCAACGCCCAAACCCCCAGCAGCAGCCCUCCUAGCAGUAAACGUGGCAAUGCUACACAAUGCAACGGGGUCCCAGAGUGCAGGACCAUGCUGCGGACAUCUGAGUCACACGGACUCCAGCUGCUGAGCGUGCUCCGAUCAUUCAGGGAGCAAGGCUUGAUGUUCGACUUCACCAUUAAGGUCCAGGGACACAGUUUUCCCUGCCAUCGCUGUGUCCUUGCCGCAUGCAGUGAUUUCUUCAGGGCCAUGUUUGAGGUGGAUAUGCGAGAGCGUGGUGAUGGUUCAGUGACUCUGGGUAACCAGUGUCCGGUGGCCGUGACUUCUUUCCUGGACUUCGCCUAUUCUGGAGAGGCACUCAUCACUGAUAGCAAUGUAGACAUGCUGUUUCAGCUUGCCUCUUUUCUGCAGGUGCCAGUCCUGUCCCGAGCGUGCAGCGACUUCCUGAUAGGAACCAUGGAUCUUUCUAAUUGCCUGUCCCUCUUUUCCCUUGCUGAGGGCUACGGCUCGGCCACCCUCCUUCGAAGUGCCAAUGAGUUUGUGGUUCAGAACUUCUCCGACCUUUCCAAAACACAGGACUUUCUGGACAUGCAGUUGAAUGUAUUGGAAGCAUGCCUGAGGUCAGAUGCUCUAAGUGUGCCCGAUGAGGAGGCUGUGGUGAAGUCACUUCUUAGAUGGAUCCGCCACGAUCUCCCGGGAAGACAAAAACUGUUGCCAGGCUUGUUAUCUCUAACAAGACUCCACCAUCUAUCCGCAUUAAAGGCUCUACGUGAUUCAGACCCGCUCCUCUUUGACAACGAGUCCUGUCUCGCCCUGCUCUCGGAGGCUCAGAGCCGACAGGAUCAGUACAGCGGCCUGCUCACUGAUGCCAGGCCGGCCACCACGCAGAGCUACAUCUACAUCCACAAGACAGAGGAGAACGGAGAGAUCCGCCACACCUUCUGCUACUGUCUGGAAACAGAUCAGUGGAAAGAGCUAGGAACAGGGCAUGGAGAGGGAACAGCCACAAUACCAGACCCACCGGGAUCCUACCUUACCACCUACGCUGAGAAGAUGUUUGUGACAGGCGGUUGCCGGGGGAACUGUUGCCGGGCAAUACGUCUCCACGUGGCCGAGCCGUUCCACGAUGCCACAGACGAGGUUUGGUGCUUCUGUCCUGUGACCCUAACCUGCACGCCUGCUCCAGCCAUGCUGAAGCCCAGAACCACGCACACAGCUGUAACCUGCCUGGACCGAGUGUAUGUUAUUGGAGGACGCACAAAGGGGUCCAGAGGGGGAGCUCCCAAUCUGCUGGAGGUGGAGUAUUACAACCCUCUGACCCAGACGUGGCACUCAGUCAGCCCCCUGCCCACUGCAAUCUUCUACCCUGAGGCCAGUGCUUGUGGCAGUGUUAUCUAUACUCUGGGAUCAGAGGUGGAGAUCACAGACUCAUUUAACCCCUCACUGGACUGUUUCUUCUGCUACGACGCCCAGAAGGACCAGUGGAGCCGCCUGAUGGCAGAGUUUGGCCAGUUUUUUCAUGCUACACUGGUCAAGGCAGUGUCAAUAAACAACACACUGCACCUCUGUGACCUGUCCACUUAUAAGGUCUACAGUUUCUGUCCAGAGACCUGUGUGUGGAAGGGUGAAGGGUCCUUUGAGUGUGCUGGGUUCAAUGCUGGAGCAGUGGGGAUGCGAGACAGAAUCUACAUCCUGGGUGGAGACUACUCACCUGACGAGAUCACUGAUGAAGUUCAGGUGUACCACAGUGGGAGGAGUCAAUGGGAGGAGGUGGCUCCUAUGCCCAGAGCGCUCACCGAGUUCCACUGUCAGCUCAUCAGCUUCAAUAGAUACAGAGACCCAUGGGGUGACACGGCAUGAUACACAGCAAACACACACACUCAUGAACGCAUGUGAGUGGAUGUACAUGUGUGUUACAGGUGUCACUGAUGUAAGCAAGUACCCAUGAGUCGCCUCUGUGCAUGACGGACAGCUCAAGAGUGAAGUCUUCUACUAACAACACAUCUCUCACAGAUCAUCGUAACACAAGAGCACCUGAGCCAAAUUAUUAAUUUAUUUUUUUAUUUAAAGAUUUGAUCCUUAACUUUGUAUAUGUGUUCAGCACAUGCUUUCAUAGGAUCUUUCUUGUGUCAAUCAAAGUGUGGUCCCUCCUAUGGAGGAACCCUAUUGAGAAGAAGACUAUUUUGGAAAUCCUAUUUUAGUACCUGGAUAUUUUUUCUGCUCAGUAUGUUUUAAAAGGAGAAUUCACCCAAAGAACUCACAGUGUAUGUAAAUGUAUCCGCUCUCCUACAGUGAUAAUAUAGAAAAUGAGACUUUGUUAUGUAACACUUACAGCCCUCAAGAGGAUCUAUAUGUGGGUCUCUUAUAUAAUGCAAAUGGGGCUUUUCCAUUAUAUUCCUUUUCCCUUUUUAUUUUUAUUAUUUCUAGCUGUUGGAGUCCUGCUCAUUUAUAUUGCACUAUUUACAACUCAACUAAAAGAAUCACAAUACUGUGUUAAUUAUCUGGGUGGAUUUUCACUUUAAACUACUUGCCGUUAUUCUGCUUCAGACUGUCAUGUAUCCAUGCAUGCCCUGUUUCUCCUCUCAUGAUGUAUACAGCAAUUCUACAUGUGACCACUAGAUAGAUCACCUGAGUAUCUUCAGUAACUGCUUGUUUGAAGGAAAUGUGCAACUUUACCUGUCAAUCAUGAAGAAACGCUCCGCAGCUUCAACAGUAACUUUCAGAGACCUAGAAGGAGAAAAAAUUGGGCUUCAUGGUGUAAAUCAUAAAUGCAUAAUACGUUGGUGUGAUGAAACAGAAAAAGAAUCCAACUGUUUAAUGGCAAGAAGUGAACAUAAACAUGAUCCUUCGUUA